AUGUCGCGAGCUAUACAACGUCUGAUGAAAGAUUAUCGAAAGGCGGAGAAAUUGGUGGGAAAUUCAGGCAAUGAACCCUUCGUUGAUUUGGCCAGUGCAGCUUCAUUCACAACGCAAACAUAUGCACAGACAAUGGCACAGAUACGGCGAGAUCCUGAGUUGACUCCUAACGAGAAAAAAUAUCUCGUUGCCGUUGAACGCGGUGAUAUGGCGACAACUCGGCGCUAUCUGGAUAUCGCUUCUCAUGCAUCAACAAUUUUACUUGAUGAUGAUGUAUCACUUACACCGAUAAAUAUUAAUUGUCUUGAUCCAUUAGGACGUAGCGCAUUGUCGAUAGCUAUUGAGUAUGAAAAUAUCGAAAUGAUCGAAUUACUGCUCAGCUAUAAUGUUGAUACAGGUGAAGCGCUGCUGUAUGCCAUCGACGAGGAAUUCGUUGAAGCUGUAGAAUUACUUCUUCAACAUGACGAUCUAAAACAACAACAGCACAAGAACAACAACAACGACGAAGAUAAUAGUCGAUACUCGAAUGCUCAAAUUCUAAACGAUAAAUCCAAUCCAUUAUUCACCUUGGCCCAAGAUGAACUUGAAAAAGAAAAGAAAGAGCAACAACAUCAAGAUGUUACUCACAAGAAUCCGAAAUCUAAAUGGGCAUUUCUCCUGCAGGCAGUACGAAAGAAAGAGCAGCAGCAAUCGGUAACUGAACAAUUGAAUUUGAGCACAUCUCGAUCGUAUACACCUGAUAUUACACCAGUUAUAUUGGCUGCUCAUCGAGAUAAUUAUGAAAUACUUAAAAUUCUACUUGAAAGAGGCGAAAAAGUAACCGAACCACAUGAUGUUCGUUGUGAUUGUGAGAAGUGUAUUGUAUAUAAUAAAGAAGACAGUUUGCGACAUUCGCGAUCGCGCAUAAAUGCCUAUAAAGCUCUUUCAUCUCCAUGUUACAUAUCAUUGUCAAGUCGUGAUCCCAUAAUGACCGCAUUUGAUUUAAAUCGUGAAUUGAAACGUUUAUCGCGGAUCGAAAAUGAAUUCAAACAAGAAUAUGAACAGCUUGCUCAGCAAUGUCAAGAGUAUAGUGCAGCUCUCCUAGCUGAAACUCGUUCGUCGAAAGAAUUGGAAAUUAUUCUGAACUAUGAUUCUGAAAAUCCACCCGUUCUGUCCGAAACACCAGAGAAGAUGCAUUUGUCAAGAUUAAAACUAGCCAUUCGUUAUAAACAGAAAAAGUUUGUUUCACAUUCACAUUGUCAACAAUUAUUGGCUUCACUAUGGUACGAAGGUUUGCCAGGUUUCCGUCGUCGUCACUCAGUGAUAAAAAUAUUAAUAACUGCACUUGUUGGCCUACUGUUUCCAAUUUUAUCAAUUGCUUAUUUAAUCGCGCCACGUAGUAGUAUCGGUCGAAUUAUGCGACAACCGUUCAUCAAAUUCAUUUGCCAUUCGAUUUCUUACAUUUUCUUUCUCAUUUUACUGUUUGUUGUUUCAUUGCGUAUUGAUUUUGGUAAACUGCUGUCGGGUAUAGAAGAUGAAGUGAAUGAAAGGCGUGGUCCACCGCCUAAUCCUGUCGAAAUUGCGAUUAUGUUCUAUGUUGCUGGAUUUAUCUGGGCAGAAAUCAAACAGCUGUAUCAAGAAGGCAUACAUCAGUAUAUGGCGGAUACGUGGAAUUUAUUAGAUUGGGUUACGAAUUGUCUUUACGUCGCGACGAUCGUUCUUCGCGUGAUGGCUUUUAUUAAAGUCAAUCGAGAAGAAACUGAUCUUCAACGGAAAUUGAUCAGUGUCCAAAACACUCCUAUUCCAUCCAACAUUACCCAUACAUCUGUACAUAAUUUAUCUACAGGACCAGUAACGUUUUCUACUGGUCACAAUGUCCGUCGACGAGAUUGGAAUGCAUGGGAUCCAACGUUAAUCUCCGAAGGAAUAUUUGCCGCAGCAAAUAUCUUCAGUUCAUUGAAACUCGUCUAUAUUUUCACGAUAAAUCCACAUCUAGGACCAUUACAGAUCUCCUUGGGACGUAUGGUUCAUGAUAUAUUGAAAUUUAGUGUUCUGAUUCUACUUGUUGCGUUCGCAUUUGCGUGUGGCCUCAAUCAGUUAUUUUGGUACUAUGCUCGAAUGAAGAAAACUGAAUGUGAUCAAGAUUCAACACCUGAUGAAUACUGUGCAAAAGAGAUUCAUAAACAUUUUUCAAAUCUGUUUGAAUCGUUACAAACACUCUUCUGGGGAACGUUUGGUCUAAUUGAUUUACAAACGUUUCAAAUCUAUAAAAAGCAUACUUUUACGAUGUUUAUUGGCUUGUUAAUGUAUGGAGUUUACUCAUCCAUUAUGAUCAUCGUCUUAUUGAAUAUGCUCAUUGCUAUGAUGAGUAAUUCAUAUCAAUACAUUGCGAAUUCCACGGAGACUGAAUGGAAAUUUGCACGGGCAAAACUUUGGAUUAGCUAUUUCGAAGAAGGUGGCACGUUGCCUCCACCAUUCAAUAUUGUUCCAAGUCCGAAAUCGAUUUGCUAUGGCUUUUCGUACAUGUACCGCCGGGUUUUCGGUUGUUCAAAAAAGCAUCUGAGAAACAGAUGGCAAAGUAUCAAGAAGUUACUAAGUAAAAUCAACGAACGCGAAAUCAAAUACCAAACAGUGAUACGUGAGUUGGUCAAACGGUACAUAAUGAAACGCCAACAAAAGGAUCAAACAGAAGGCGUGACAGAAGAUGAUCUAAAUGAAAUAAAACAAGAUGUAUCUGCAUUUCGAUUUGAACUAUUGGAAAUUUUGAGUACGAAUGGCUUCAAAGUGCAAUCGAUGAAGAAAAAUCCAGACACAGGCAAAUUCGAACCAGUAGAGGAAACAAUAAGAUCUGCACGUGUUGGUCGAAAACGUGGCAAGAUGAAUCUGGAAAAAACAAUUAACAAGAACAUGUUCGAUGUGUCAACAUCAAUUCGCGAUACAAGUCCAUUACAAACAUCGGAUUUGAUGAAAAACGAUUCACACGAAUCAUUCUCGUCCACACCCUUAUCGUCAAUCCUAGCACAUCCGAAACAGAAGUUAACCGCCCAAUUCAAACGCGCUAUAACAAUGAUUAAACAACGAAGUGAACCAGCACAUGAAUCGACAACACCACAAUUUCUCACUUCAACCUCGGUGCCUGAUAAGUCAACCUUGUCGAUCGAUCCAACGUUUCUGACAAGUCUAAUCGAAGAAUCCAAUCCUGAUGAUGAACAACAUGAAAGAUCGAACCUACCUUCAUCAAAAUCACAAACAUGUGUGCAUGUGAAAUCGCCAACGCUGACUUCAAUGUCUCAUCAUGAAACAAAUUUAAAUCCGCCGUUGACUUCAACUGUCAUCAAUUUGGAUUCGAAUACUCAAAACUAUCAUGAUAAUGAACAUGAUCUAUCGUAUCGCAUGAAAUCAAACUUUCAACAUACGCAGCCGACUGUCAAUCAGCAGAUCAUAACACCACACACAACUCCAUCAUCAACGGCCCUAAGUCGAACCCGAAACAAUUCUUUAAUCAUGAAUUUCUUUCAUCAUAUCAUUUCUUUGCAUAUAUCUAUUGUUUUCUUAUUAUUCAUCGAUAUUGUUUUCCUAUUAUGUUAUCUGAACCUAUUACGUGUUGGUCGUGCACCUAUGGCCUCUCCUGAUCCUCUGUCGUUAACUUCUGACGAAAGUUGCCAAACUCCUGAUUUAGAACUUCUUUAA